AUGUUUCUUCCACAUUGUGAGAGAUUUCUUCAGCUGUGUUACAUGAUCUGUCUCUUCCUGAUUGUGUUGUGGCUAGUCCUCAGUCCUGAUGUUAAUGAACCAACUAGGCUAUCUCUGGAAGAAGAACGAUUGAAGCUCAUUGACAUGGUAAAUCAGCUGAAAUACCAACAGACAGAAUUAUCAAAUUUGAAAGUUAGAUUGGAAAAUAAGGAAAAAUACUUUCAACGAGCAGAGGUCAGGCUGCGACAAAAAUACGGAGCGUACGACAUCGGUAGAGCUUUGAACCUCAACGAAAACAUGCCAACGAUUUUUGCAAUAACACCAACGUUUGCCCGAGACGAACAGAAGUCUGAGUUGACCCGACUGAGUCAAACGUUUCUUCAUGUUCCGAACUUUCACUGGAUAGUCAUCGAGGACUCAAAGUCAAAGACCCAGCUUGUGAGAAACCUUCUGGGCCGAGCUGGUCUAAAUCACACACAUCUGAACUUAGUUUCUCCACAAGGUCAAUCCCCAUUGUCAGGAGAUUUACAGAGGAAUCGGGGCCUCCGCUGGAUACGCGAAACCCUUGGCAAGUCUGAUGUCAGAGGAGUGGUGAUUUUCGCGGAUGAUGAUAACACGUAUGACCUCCGGAUAUUUGAAGAGAUGAGAUAUACAAAGAAAGUAUCGGUGUGGCCAGUUGCCUUUGUUGGGGGUUUGCGCUAUGAGAGGCCUAUUGUCAUUAAAGGAAAGGUAGUCGGGUGGCAGACGGAGCCUGCGCAGGAUAGGCGUUCUUCAAUUAAUGUAGCUGCUUUUGCUGUUAAUCUCCGACUGAUUUUGGAUAAACCACAAGCACAGUUUCAAGAGAAGCAGGGUGGUUAUUUUUCGUCGGCUAUGCUUAAUCAGUUAGUUACUCAGACAGAACUGGAGCCCCUGGCCAACCAAUGUACAAAGGUAUUCGUGUGGAAGUCCAAAGCAAAGAACCAAAAGUUGCAAGAUGGAACCAAGAUAAAGCGUUAUGAAAAUAUGUCCCAUCCUUACAUUGAGGUAUAG